AUGCAUUACACACCUAGCUUGGACGGAUUGGCCGACGACAUCCUCAUACAGAUACUUCAGGUAUCAUCUGUGCGAGAAAUAUUGACACUGCGAUGCACAUCCAAACGUUUCUAUUCUCUGUCCAAGGUUUACUGUGUCUGGUAUGCAGUGUUCUGCACCGAAGUAUUGGCACGCCGCCUUCCUCCCCCUGGUCCUUCAUGCUCUCUCAGUGCUCUGUCUUCUGCCGAUCUAGAGUAUCGGACAUUAUUAGCUCUUGCUCUCGAGAGACGCUGGUCACAAUCCAAGGCCAAUGUCAUUGUUUCGAGUGGAGAACGAGAGAUCGUCGACCAGAUCGUGCUUGUCCCCGGAGGAAUGCAGGUCUUGACAGUCCAUGGAAAUAAAGUAAUGUGGUGGCUCAUCUCCGGCAAACCAGGCUCACACGAGCUUCACAACAUUGGAGCGUGGUCAUUGCCAAGUGACGAUACAUGCAUAGUUGUGAAGGACAUGGAACGCCAGGGAAUUAUUGCCAUCGGCUCUAGAGACAAGGAUAGUCCAAAUCGACAUGCUACAGUAUUCUCGCUCUCCUUAAAGCCUGCUCUCAACAAGCUUUGCGACUACUCACUCGUCCCUGGCACUAUUGCAGGGAUUUCACGGCACCUGCUUUUCCUGGAUACCACGUCACAGCAGGAUGGGGGUGGCCUCGAGGUCCUAGAUUGGCACGCUAAGACAGAGGGCACUGCCCUUCUUCCGCGUAUACCUGAACUGUUCGGUGCCUUCCUAGGCUUGGUCCAUUUCUCAGACCACAUACUUGUAACAUGGGAGGCAUGCAUUAGCGUGUUCCCGGUGCCCAACGUACCAGCCAAAGGACGAACUGUGGUGGCGCAUACCAAAAUAUUCAUGUUUUAUGAGCAAAUCAGCUCGCCUAUCGCCUUUACAGCUUGUGUCUCUCGAGGCUGGUCUGAUGCAGAUGCAGAUGCCAUGUACGCAACAUCACAGGAAGCACAUUCCCUUACACUCGCUACCAGAGGCAAAUCGGGCGGGAUUUCUUUGUCAAUGCUUAUUCUGCUAGGUGACGACGAGGGGGGGAAAUAUCCAUCUAGUUUCCCGUACCGGCUUCUCCGACUCUCUACGGUCGUUCCGAAUGUAAUACAAGAUUUAGGGGGGUGCAUGCAGAUAUGCCUGGGGUCGUCCGGGCGCGGGUUGUUUGUGUAUGACGGGAAGUUUGGUCCUGAGUUUGAGACGGAAAGGGUUGUAUAUGAGAUUGAACCUGUUGGUGUUGGUGGUGGAGACAAGAUCGACUUUGACGAGGGGAUGGGACGGCUAGUUGUUGCGAAGGGAAGUGGGGGCUUUGAUGUGAUGCAGUUGUUGUGA